AUGGUGACUCAGAAUCAGAAAUGCUCGGUCUGUGACCGCUUUACCACAGAGUUCAAUUACAGUGUACCGUCCUGCAAUGCCUGUAAGAUAUUCUUCCGUCGUCUGAUAACUCGAACAAUGCCUAUUAAAAAGUGUUUCCUCGGAGAAAACUGUUUUGAACGACCCCCGUUUACAAGAAAAUGUGCAGCUUGUCGAUUUCAAAAGUGCCUCCACGUCGGAAUGAGCCUGCCUUCCUUCCUACACCUCGGCGAGCAGAACAAAGAAAAGUGCCUAGACGGAAUUAUUCGGAACCUGGAAAAUCUAAACUUCAAGCGUAAUGAUCUCACAUGCAACUACCGUAACAACUUUUCAAAUCCAAGCAUUGAAGAAGUGAUCCGAAUGAAUAAAAUUGAUUACGUUCAAAUAUCCAACAACUUCCAAAUGAGCCACAAACACUGGGCGUUCCACUGCUGCCUGGUUACGGUAGACUACAUGAAGAAAUUUCCUUUCGUGAACCUGUUACGAUAUGAUGAUCAGAAGUUCAUACUAAAAGAAUAUUACAUAAGACUCAAAGCUAUUAUCAGCGCAAUUAGAUCUGUGAGAUCUGGGAAAGAUCGACUGAUAUUCCCCGAUGGCUCCGAUGUUCUGGCCCAGGCUUAUUUGGAGUGGGACCUCACAAGGAUCCCAUCAAAUUUGAUCCAAAAAAUUCGUUACCGACUAGUCGCCAGACUUAUCGAGCUAAAGAUAACUAACGAGGAACACUUAUUAUUGAGCGUAUUGAUAUACUGCAACCCAGGAUCGCAACAACUAUCUCAAAACGGGAAGAUUCUUCUAACCUCCUACCAGAGCCUGUACAGCUCCGCACUUCUUCAAUACUGUCUGAUAACUUAUCAAAGAGCUGGACCAUCCCGGUUCACAGAGCUUCUGGGAGUCUACGAAACCAUAGAAGUUCAUUACAAUGAUCUGAUCAGUUAUCACGUCCUGGUACAGUUGAAUCAGUCGAAGGUAGAACUUAUGCAACUGGUCAAGGACGGAAUCGAUGGAGCCUAUAAAAUUGGAAAUUAA